UUGUUUUUCAUUCGAUUGGUGCGCAUUUUAUGCCGGCAUCCAUAUCCUGUAGGGGGGUAAAUCAUCUAGAAAAUUGUCAUAAUUGUUCAAAGAAUCGUUGCAGAAAUUACCUUUUCGUAUUGAAAUAAUUUUCGAAUACUCCCUCGAGUUAUCAGAAUUUUCAUUGUUCAAAUUUAAUAGUAUUUUUGUUUUACUAUCGUCUACCAAAAACUAGCUAUUUGUCUAUCGAAUAUCGACAGGUAGUUAGUCUAUCGAAUAGAGAAUACAUCGAUUGUCGAAUAACCCCGAAGUUUUGCAGCUGUAGCUGUCAGACUCAGAUAACGUGCCAUGUUGAGGUACACGUGAAGAGUGAUAAUUCUUGAAAUAAGUUGUUUUUUUUUAAUAACCAGCAUGCUAUCAACAAAGAUAUUUUUGCGUUACUCAAUGAGAUAUUUACAUCACUCUCAAAGUCGAACGAUAGUGCAAGACUGUUUUAGGUUAUGUCAUAACAAAUACAAUAACCGCUUCUCACGUGCAUUUCGAACCUCAAGUCUCUCGGCUUUUACUUUGGAAGUAGAAAAAGAAGAGAAAGAUAGUAUUGAUCCUGUUUUACAGGAACUAAGGGAUAAAUUGAUAUACUGUGAGUACCUAGACAGUGAUAGAUUGAAAAAAGGGUAUUUGAGGAAUAAAAUUGCUGAUGAUAUUAAAGUAAAAAAGAGCCAGAAGCUGGACUAUGAACGACAGUUAGCUCCUGUGUACAGUUUAGUUAUAGAAAAUAUGCUUAAAGACAAGAAUCGAAAGUCUUCCGAAAAUCUGGCAGAAUCUUCUGAGGGCAAUAUAGUGUCCAAACCAAUUCACAUGCCAUACUCUGGCAUUCACAAAUAUGAAACAGUCGAAACUGACCUAAUAGAAAAUGACAGCUCAGAAAGUUUUGAUAAAGUAGACAGUGAAUUGAAUGAAGACUAUAAAUUUCUAUAUGAAAAAUACUUACAAUCAUCGGCAGGAAAAUCAAACAAUAGCGAGGAACGUCAUUACACGUUAACGGAGGCAUUAGAAUCUCAAUCUGACUAUUCGCAAACAGUUGAUGAUCUAUCAAAGAUUCCUCCUGAUUGGAUGACGGAUUAUGAGCAAUAUGACGAUAGUGCGAUUGAUCAGAAUUGGCAGUUAAACUAUGGAACUCCAAAUCCAAACUCUGAAGUCAGCGUUGUUCCAUGUGGUGGUUGUGGUGCUCUGCUGCAUUGUAAAGAUCCAGCUAUUCCAGGAUAUCUACCAUCAGAGAUAUUUUCAGGAAAGCGUAAUUCUGAAUUACAUUCAAUAAAAUGUCAACGAUGUCAUUUCUUAAGCGAAUACAACACUUCUCUUGCUGUACACGUAUCACCUGAAGAUUACCCGAAGUUGUUGUCAACCAUGAGAAACAAAAAAGCUGCAGUUAUUCUUCUAGUCGAUUUAACAGACUUUCCAUGCAGUAUUUGGCCAGGUAUAUUGGAUGUCAUCGGUACCGAAAGACCAGUUUUUGUAGUUGGAAAUAAGGUAGACUUGCUGCUUCCGGAUUCUGCAGAUUUUCAUCAACAUGUCACUGAAUGCAUAAGAAAUGCUAUUGUACAAUCAGGAGUGAAUCAAGCAAACAUUAAAUAUGUAACAUUAAUAUCUGCCAAGACUGGACAUGGAAUGGAACAUCUGAUAAAUAAACUGUACGAAAUCUGGCAGUACAGAGGACACGUAUACCUGGUUGGGUGCACUAAUUCUGGGAAAUCAACUUUAUUUAAUGCACUGUUGCAGUCCGAUUAUUGCAGAUCAGCGGCAGCUGAUAUUAUUCAACGUGCAACGACAUCUCCGUGGCCAGGAACAACUUUAAAUUUAUUAAAGUUUCCAAUUAUGAGACCAUCACCUUGGCGACUUGCCUUAAGAGCAAAAAGAUUGCGAUAUCAGGCCCCCCUCAUUGAUAUGAGAGAACAAGAAAGGAAUGAAGAGCUUAAUAGGACUAAAGAUUUAAGAUACGCUCAAUUAAUCGGUCACUUAGACAGAACAUUUUCAACACAGGAGCCCCUUGACGAAGAAUCUGGUGAUAUAUUUCUGGCACCAAAGGGUAAAAAUCCUCACAAACAAACGAGCAUUGAUUUAAACGAUCCAGCUUAUGUAAACGCCCGUUGGUGCUAUGAUACACCGGGCACUGUUCAACCUGAUCAAGUACUGCAUCUGCUCACAACCGACGAACUCAUGCUUACAUUACCCAAGAUGAUGAUCAUACCUAGAACAUUUAUUAUCAGGCCGAGUCAAACUCUGUUCCUGGGUGGCUUAGGAAGAUUAGACUAUUUAGAUGGAUAUCGUUAUAUCAGAGUCACAGUAUUUGCUAGUCAUAAAUUACCAGUGACGAUAUGUUAUACUGAAGAUGCGGGUUUCAUUUAUGAUCGAAUGCUGACCACUGGAGCCUUUGCCGUACCUUUAAAUAAUCCUGAACGUUUGAAGAGGUGGCCUCGAUUGAGUAGCAAAGAUUUUGAGAUUACUGGAGUUGGAUGGAAAGUAUCGGCAGCUGACAUUGUAUUAUCGAGUGCAGGUUGGGUAGCAAUAACACCUGGUCCUGAGAGCAAAGCCACUUUCAGAGCAUGGACACCACAAGGCAGAGGACUGCAUUUGAGAAAUCCUGCGCUGCUGAGAUAUUCAGUUGGAAUGUGUGGUCCAAGAAUCAAAGAUACUCCAGUCUAUUGGCGUGGGAUGCCAGUCUAUAGGAAACCUUAAAAAAAAUGAACGUUUGUAUAUUUAGUAAAACAUGUGUGAAUCUAUCCGGAUGCAAAAAUUCUAUAAUAUUGCAGGAAAUGAAUUUCUGUCAUAAUUAUUGAAAUGUACGUACAUAUUUGUUUUUUAUUUAGUACAACAUUGAAUAUCAAUGACACAGAAAAGAUGUU